CCAUGGCUGCCCUCGCGCCGCCGGCAGCAGCUGCGCUGUUCUCGUCGGCGGCGUCGUCGGCGUCGGCCGGCCCGACGUCGUACGAGAACCCGCUGGUGGGCCGGUACUCGUCCGAGGAGAUGAACUACAACUGGUCGCCGGCGAAAAAGUUCACUACCUGGCGCAAGCUGUGGGCGGCGCUGGCACGUGCGCAGCACGAGCUUGGGCUCGAUGUGACGGCCGAGCAGGUGGCCGAGCUCGAGGCCCACAUCGAAGACAUCGACUACGAGGCGGCCAAGGCCAAGGAGAAGGAGAUCAAGCACGACGUCAUGGCGCACAUCUACGCGUACGGCCUCGCCGCACCGACGGCUGCGCCCAUCAUCCACCUCGGGGCCACCUCGUGCUUUGUCGGCGACAACACCGACCUCAUCCAGAUGCGCGACGGCAUGCGCCUGCUGCAGGCCCAGCUCCUUGACCUCAUCUCGGUCGUCCGCGACAACGCGCUCAAGUACGCCCACAUCCCCACUCUCGGCUUUACCCACUACCAGCCGGCGCAGAUGACGACCGUCGGCAAGCGCAUGGCGCUCUGGCUGCAGGACUUUGUCAUGGACUACCACGAGCUCGCCUACCUCGCUCACACCCUCCCGUUCCGCGGGGUCAAGGGUACGACGGGCACCCAGGCGUCGUUCCUGGAGCUCUUUGGCGGUGACUCGGCCAAGGUUCGCGAGCUUGACCGCCGCGUCACCCAGCUCGCCGGUUUCCCGCGCUCCAUUGGCGUCUCGGGCCAGACCUACACCCGCAAGCUCGACUUUAUGGUCCUCUCGCGCCUCUCAGCCAUUGCCCAGUCGGCCCACAAGAUGGCUGUCGACAUCCGCCUUCUCUCCAACCUCAAGGAGAUGGAGGAGCCGUGGGGCAAGAAGCAGGUCGGCUCGUCGGCCAUGCCGUACAAGCAGAACCCGAUGCGCUCCGAGCGCAUCUGCUCGCUCGCCCGCCACGUCAUGGUCAACAUCGACAACACUGCCCAUACCGCCGCCAACCAGUGGCUCGAGCGCACGCUCGACGACUCGGCGAACCGCCGCCUCGUCCUCCCCGAGGCCUUCCUCGCCGUCGACGUUAUCCUCUCCGUCUCGCGCAACGUCAUGGACGGCAUCCAGGUCCACCCCAAGGUCAUCGAGAAGCGCAUCGCCGCCGAGCUGCCAUUUAUGGCCUCGGAGAACAUUCUCAUGGCCGGCGUCAAGGCCGGCGGCUCACGCCAGGAGCUCCACGAGGUCAUCCGCGAGCUUGCCCUCGAGGCCGCCGAGCAGGUCAAGGUCCACGGCAAGGACAACGAUCUCAUGGACCGCAUUGCCGCUCACCCGGCCUUCUCCGCCCUCUCCGGCGAGCAGCUCGAUGCCGUCCUCGACCCGGCCCAGUACGUCGGCCGCGCCCCAAACCAGGUCGCCGAGUACAUUGCCGAGGAGGUCGAUCCGCUCCUCGAGUCGCAGUCGCACGUGCUUGAGAAGCUCUCCACUGACCGCGGCAUGGGCGUGUAGGAGUAAAUUUACUACCACAGUCCA